AAAUGCACUUUCAUUAUGAACUCCUGUUGACAUUGCAAAUGAAUUUAUCCUUCCCUUUAAAUUCUCUUCCCCGUUACUCAUUUUCCUGAGGCUAGAUUCUUCAGCCCUUUAGAAGUUUAUAGAAAACUUAAGCCUCGACUGCAUGAAGAACUCACGAUUUCAUCGUUUACACAAACAAUAUACUAUGAUUCAGAGAUUUCUAAUGGUCUUCUUAUUUAGUUUUACAAUCAGCAAAAAGAACCUUCCUAUCCCAAUAUUACGUUCAUCAUUAGCAGAUAUGGCCUUUAACGGGCACUUAACCUUUGAAAAGAAUGAACAUGCAGCAAAAGAUUUUGGGGAUAUAUACCAUUUCAUGCCAUCAGCAGUUUUAUACCCAAAAUCGGUUUCUGAUGUUUCCUCAACCAUAAAAUAUAUUUUCGAGAUGGGUGCCUCUUCAGAGCUAACGGUAGCUGCCGGAGGCCAUGGUCACUCCCUGGCAGGCCAGGCACAGGCCUACCAAGGAGUGGUUAUCAAUAUGGGAUCUCUUCGGGAACCAGAAAUGAGUUUUCACGCCGAGGAACCGCCCUAUGUUGAUGUUUCUGCUGGUGAACUUUGGGUAAAUAUUUUGCAUGAGAGCCUUAAACGUGGGCUAGCGCCAAAGUCAUGGACAGAUUAUCUUCAUCUCACUGUUGGAGGGACUUUAUCAAAUGCGGGAAUCAGCGGGCAAGCUUUCCGACAUGGUCCCCAGAUCAAUAACGUUUACCAACUACAGGUUGUCACAGGUUGGUCUUCAGUUCAUGAAAAAUAUUCUCACAAAUUUGAAGUAUUACAUAAAACAAGAAUUCCUAGGUGAUCAUAUAGU